AAAAUCUUCCAAAGAGCCAUCUGCUAAGCCGCAUGGGGAGACGUCAGCUCAAAGCUACGUGAUUGCAACCCUCUGUGACAAGGAAAGGAUGAACUGACAAUGCAAACCAAUUAAUUCAACUAUAUGCAACUUUUUGGGGGGCUGCAGGGAGGGAUGCCUGAAUUACAAUUGUGGGUAACCAAAAAUUGACUUUUAAUUUUCUCUGAAGUUUGCCACGGGACAAGGAAUCAAUAUGCCUGAUUUACCUUUUAAAUGCAUUUGGUGGGGUUUGACACUAUUGUUGUUGACUGGAUACUUUUCUAUAGAUGCAGAUACUGGAACUCAUGAGGAUUACUUGGCAAAUGGAAAUACAAUGCUUUUGGACACUAAUGAAGUUUUGAAUCACUUAUUGUUGUUGGACAAAGGUAAAACUUUGAAUUACAUGUCUGCUGAAGGGAAAACAGCUCUAUCUAGACAUAAAAGGGACCUCCUGUUCCCCAAUGGAGUUAAACUGUGCUCACAUGAGACGGUGCAACAGGCAGUGCAGAAUCAUCUCAACUACUUUCACCUGCGAGUGUGCCAGGAGACAAUUUGGGAGGCUUAUAAAAUCUUCUGGGAUCGCUUACCUGAGAAAGAAGAGUACCAGAUCUGGAUGAAAAAAUGUCAAAAUGGUAGCAUUAGCGUGUUUGACAUCGGCCGAAGCUUUAGUCAGUCAGCUGAGCACCUUGCUUUGAUUUCAAGUAGGGUAGCAUCAUCCACAAUAACAUCAACAAGUGCGCCCACCAGCCCAUGGCAACCUGAAUGCAGGCAUCAGACGACGACUACUUCGCCAACACUAGCAAAAGCUGAACAAGUUGGUAUUUUGAUUCCUGAGGCAGUGCCAGGUUCACAAGUUGUCACACCGCAGACCUUUGCAGAUGAUAUCGUAAUCACAACUUUGCCUACAAGGCUUCAAGUGACACCUGGAAUUACCCCAAAGCCUGAUCUUGUCACAGCCUUUAAGGACACAGUAAAACCUAUUUCUGAAACUGAACCUGAGGUCAUAUUGGGUACUACUUCUGAGAGUCCUGUUAAAGCAUUGGAUACCAUUACCAUUAAACAUGAAGAGGUUGUUGUAGUCUCAGAAUCUAAAUUAUUGAUUACUGAGAGGACUUCGGAGGACUCUACUUCAAGGAAAUAUGAUUAUGAGUUUCCCACGACCUUUAAGGACUCGUUAGUAAUAAACACUCCUAUAGUACUAACAACUGAAUUUUCUGAACAAAUGUAUUCAGAAAUAGGACAAGGUUUUUCUGAUGGUACAGUUAAAACAGUAGCUGUUACUAUUCAAAAGGAACUUGACAUUGUCUCAAAAUCUACAUUAUUAACCACUGACAAAACUCCAGAAGUUUCUACUUCAAAAAAAUCUGAGCAUGAUAAUCCCACUAACUUUGUAGAUUCAUUGGGAAUAAGCACCAAUACUCCUAGAGUGACCACAAGUGAACUCAAAGAAGAUCUUCAUUCAGAAUUAGAACAGGUGGCUGGGCAGGAUGUUAUUCACAGUCCUGUUAAAACAACACAUGUUACAAUUAAGCAUGAAGUGUUGGACACAAAUACUACAUUAAUGACAACUGACAGAACUCCAUAUUCUACUUCAGCAAAAUAUGAACGUGUUAUACCAACAUCCUUUGAGGACUCACUAGUCACAAGUUCAUCUACUGAACAGGAUAUGACCAAUGUUCCUAUUAAGACGGCAUAUGCCACAAUUUCACAUGGAGAGUCUGAAAUUGUCACAGAGUCGACAAUAACAACCACUAACAGAAAUCUUGAAGAUUCUUCUUUAGCAAAAUAUGAUUAUGGGAUUCCUCAAGGAAUUGAUACUUCUUCGGGAGUAAUUAAUGAAUCUUCUACAAAAGAACAUAAUUCAGUAUCUAAAUUGAAUAUUGGUCAGACUACUACUGAAGGUCCCCAAACAACUGAUGCAGUUCAGUAUGUAGAAUCUGACAUUGUGUCAGAGGAAACGUUGAAAUCCACUGGCAGAACUGCAGUUAGCUCAAACUCUACAAAAAUUGAGGCCGAUCUUUCCACAACUCCUGAGGACCUGACAGGAGUAAGUACCAACACUCCUGAAAUAGUCACUAGAGAUUCCAUUACAAUACUUAUCCCAGAAACCGAGGGCAUUACUAAAAAUCCUGUUAAAUCUGCACCUAUUACCAUUCAGCAUGUGGAUGUUGAUGAUGUUUUAGCAGCUACAGUGAUGUCCACUCAUAAACCUCCCAAAGUCUCACCUACAGAAAUAUCCCCCGAUCAGAAUCUCUUACCAGAGGAAUCAAAGCUGCCAACUCCUACAAAACUAGCAGAAGUUUUGUCUGCCACAGAAGAGUUGCCAAAGGAUCAGACAGACAAGGAUGUUGCUAAAAUUGUAUAUGUGUCUACUGUGCCAGAACUGGUGUCACCAACUAUUCCCGCAUAUACGUCAACUGACACUACUAAGGAAAACCUACAUGUGUUAACAGGGGGGGCAGUUGUUACAUCACUUGAUAAAGAUGAGGAAGAACAUACACCCCACACAAAAGAGAGCAAAAUUACACAGGUGACAACAGGAGCAGAAUUACCAGGUACCAUAACAGAGAGUACUCAUGGAAUGUGGAGGGAAACCCAAGAGCCAAUAAAUGUCACACCUGAUGCUGAAGACAAUCAUUUGGGCAAAGAAGGGUACAUAAUAACAGAGAUCCCAGAAGUUGCUGAAGUACCAGCUGGAGUGACACCCAAAAUGAUUGUGGAAACUACAACAGCCACUGAAUCUGUGUUUACUGUGAAAGACACAUCUAUAAUUGUAGACAAAACUGGCAUUGUGAAACCUGUCGUGACUACGACAGAGGCAGCUGAACUUACUGAGGUUGGAUUCGAAGAUUUAGGCACAGACAAAGUAACAAUUCUUGAAAACACACUUGAAGAUUCUGUAGGACUAACAAAUGAACCUUUUGCUGUAUCAUGGGGUGUAACUGAAGCCACUAUUUUAGAGGAAUCAUAUGUGGAAAGUACUGAAAGUAUUUCAGGUAAAGAGAAGUCCACUGAAACUAUUAAGAUCACAGGUGAAGCCACAACUGAUGACAUUGGUACUUCUGAAACUGACAUUGUAGUGCCUGUAACCGAUCGCAUAGAAGAUAAUGUAAAUGUAUCACCUAAAAAUGAUGAUGCUAAGGAAACAAACAUUUUUGAAGACACAACACCAGAUCUUAGUGUUACUAAUUCUGAAAAAGACAUACUGACAACUACCAUACAUAAAGACAUGCAUGAAGUUACAGAACCAUUAAAUAUUCCAGAGGUCACACAUAAGGUUGUGAUAGAGAUCACAGAUGAUGUACGUGAGACCAGAGGAGAUUCCUUACCCGAGACACCAGAAGUCACAACAGAGACACCUAAGGUUGCAACAGAAGCUGAUGUCAAAACAACAACAAAUGUUAUAUCUAAAGCACCUGAAGUUAUACUGAAGACAACUGUAACCAAGUCAGAUACACCUGAUGUCACAACUCAGACACCUUUGUUAAAGCUUGAAGAUACAGAGAGGGUUGAAAUAGUACCUGAAACUCCUGACAUACAAGUGGUUCAAACAGAACACUCAGAAAAUGAUAUCCCAACUCCUGUCUUGAAAGUGGAGGAUUUCACAGUUGCGCUGAAUGACUUGACAACUCCUAUUCAAAAGACUUCUUCAACCACAUUACAACAAGACAUUUCUAAUGAUAUUUUAGAAGAAAACAAUGUGAUGGGAAAUGAAAUUGAUGAUAUUGUGGUUCGACCAGUACGCCCUGUCGGCGAUCAUAUUUUGGAGCUAAGUAUUAAGCUAAGAGGGGAAAGCUAUGACGAUGCUCUGAGGGAUCCAUCAAGUAACUACUAUCAACAUCUGUCUACACUUUUUGUUGAAAAGAUUGAAGAAGUUUUCGAAAGGCUUCCAGGUUUCAAGAAAAUAUAUGUUCUUGAAUUCAGGCCACAGAAGGACAUUGAAGGAGGUCUGGCAGUGGUGGUGCACUAUGCUGUUGUUCUUGAGGGUGAUGGGUCAGGAGUAAGUAAUGAGACCAUGGAUUACAUAAACCUGCAUUCCAACAUGGUUGAGAACUCCUUCACAGAUCCUGAGGAGCUGCCCACUGUGGUCUACACCAUCACUGACUUCCGAAACUACAUCUCCGAAGCCCUUCACAAGGAUAACUUUAUCAGAAACGCUACUCUGAAUGUGGACAUUGAUUCUUUGCAACUUGAAAAUGUGGAGACAUUGCUGCCUUCCAAACCAACCAGCAGACCGUUUGACUCCAGUGACAUGAUGGACAACGUUCUUGCUUCCGAGAAACCACCAGAUGUUCCUGGGCAAGAAUUAUCCAACAAUGACAUCUUCAUUACAAAUUAUGACAUCUUUGAUCCUGAUCCAUGGACAGGUGGACAAAGUGAAGACAGAAAUGCAAAUGAUGUAAUCAUCUUUGAGGAAAGUCCCACUCAGUCUCCUGUUGAAGUGUCUUUGAAGAACUUGGACAUUGAAGUUACUUCAAAAUCUGAAACUUCAAGCAGUGCCCCUGUUCCUGAUGAAGCUGUUAUUGAAGAGGAGGGAUUUUUACAGACUGCAACUACAGUCAGUCCUAUUAUAGACACAAUAACUGAAUUUACUUUACCUACAGAAUCACCUCACAAGGUAGAAGAGACACCAGUUUCUCCUGUAGAACCUCCUGAGGUUGAGGAAACUACCCUGGGUGAUUUAACAGACCUUGGCUCAGGCUCAGGAUUCUCUGGAGAUCACAUAGGCCCUGACAUCUGGCCAUGGUCAUCAGAAACAUCACAAGAAGUCUUGAAGGAAGAUACCAAUGAUGAGAUACACCAACUUCAGGAAAAUCAGGAAUCUAUAAUAAAACAGCUUGAGCCUUUACAUCAAGAUGUGACUCCUGAGGAGCCAUUCUUGGAUAGGGUUCUUGUGACCCAAGACAUUCGUACCAAUCCUCAUUACACAACAACUGACCAGGCCCCUGUAUUUUGGACAAUGGAGACUUUGACUGUUGAGCUUUCAAUGCAGACUCAAGUAGCCCCUGAACAUUAUGAUGACUAUUUUCCAGAUGCAUCAAUCACUAUGGCUACACUUGUAACCAAUCAACCAUUGUUACAUGUUCACAAUCCAUUAGAAACAAAAGAUCUGGAUGCAUCACAAAGUCCAGGAACAAUAAGUUCAACUGCUGAUAAGGACUAUACAGAACGACUUGUUACACCCACUGUGAUCCAACCAAGUGAAACAGUAGCUGUGGAUAAGCAUACUACAACAGACAACAAACAGAAUCUGGAAACUAUGGGUACAUUAUCUGCAACACUGGGCUCCACAAUGAAGUCCACUGAAAUCUCUUCAACUACCCAAUUACCUGUGAUCAUCAACAAUAAUACAGUUUCAGUGGAAGGUCCUGCCAAUUCUUCAGAAGCUGUUCAGCAUUCUGUAAAUGAAGGAAUCACAGAGUUACCUGCUUUGGUCUGGCCAGAUAUUGAAGGAUCAGAUGAAGAAUUCAAAGUUUUAGAUGAGGACAUGGAACUCGUCAAGUUUGUGCCUACAAAAAGCCCAGUGACUGAACUCUUAGAAGAAGAUUUAGUUGGUGAUGAAAUAUUGGUUGCAACAACAACAACAACAACAACUCUAUCCUCAACAACAGUAGCGACUGUGGUAACAAGUUUAGGUCAUUCAGCCUCCCUGACUCCUGAAAAGGACUCACCUUUCACUUGGAUAUCACAUUCAUCAAUAGAUGAGGAUGAACCUGUGCAAGAGUCAACCACAGAACCUCUACCCACCCAAUCACCCACUGCUUCUGUUCUUCCAAAGACAACUACACAGACAUUGAUGCACACAUACAUAGCAGCUGUUGCAGGGGAGCCUGUUUUAUCAGAUAACAUGGAUAAUAAGGACUCAACCACAAUGUCCACCCUUUUAGAUGUUUCAAAACAUUUAAAGACCCUUAGUUCCACCUCUGUACAAUCAUUUUCAGAACCAACAUUUACACCUACUGUCCACAUAAUUAAGCAUGGAGAAACUUCAGAUGACUCAGUACAAGAUGUAGUUGAGACUGGAGAAGUUUUAGAUGACUCUGUACAAGAUGUACUUGAGCAUGAAGACAUUUCAUAUGGCUCUGUACAAGAUGUAGUUGUAUCUGGAGAAACUUCAAAUGACUCAGUACAAGAUGUAGUUGAGACUGGAGAAGUUUUAGAUGAUUCUGUACAAGAUGUACUUGAGCAUGAGGACAUUUUAUCUGGCCCAGUUCAAGAUGUAGUUGUGUCUGGAGAAACUGCAGAAGACUCAGUACAAGAUUUAGUUGAGACUAGAGAAGUUUUAGAUGAUUCUGUACAAGAUGUACUUGAGCAUGAGGACAUUUUAUCUGGCCCAGUUCAAGAUGUAGUUGUGUCUGGAGAAACUGCAGAUGACUCAGUACAAGAUUUAGUUGAGACUGGAGAAGUUUUAGAUGAUUCCGUACAAGAUGUACUUGAGCAUGAAGUAAUUUCAUUUGGCCCAGUACAAGAUGUAGUUGUAUCUGGAAAAACUUCAAAUGACUCAGUACAAGAUGUAGUUGAGAGUGCAAAAGAUUCAGAUGCCCCAAUACAAGAUGUAUUUGAGCAUAAAGACAUUUCAGUUGACUCUGUACAAGAUGUAGUUGUGUCUGGAGAAACUGCAGAUGACUCUAUUCAAGAUUUAUUUAAGCAUGAAGGCACUUCGUUCGACACAGUACAAGAUGAGGUUGAGUCUAGAGAAACUUCAGAUGACUCAGUACAAAAUGUAGUUGAGCAUGAAGACUCUUCAGAUGACGCAGUUCAAGAUGUAGUCGAGUCUGGAGACACUUCAGAUGACUCUGUACAAGAUAUAUUUGAGUCUGCAGAAACUUCAGAUGACUCUGUACAAGAUGUAGCUGAGACUGGAAAAGAAUCAGAUGACUUAGUACAAGAUAUAUUUGAGAAUAAAGACAUUUCAGUUGACUCAGUACAAGAUGUAGUUGUAUCUGGAGAGACUUCAGAUGACUCUAUUCAAGGUUUACUUGAGCAUGAAGGCACUUCAGUCGACAUAGUACAAGAUGAGGUUGAGUUUAGAGAAAAUUCAGAUGACUCAGUACUAAAUGUAGUCAAGCAUGAAGAUACUUCAGAUGACUCAAUACAAGAUGUAGUCGAGACAGGAGAAGUUUCAGAUAGCUCAGUACAAGAUGUAGCUGAGUCUGGAGAAACUUUAGAUGACUCUGUUCAAGAUUUUGUUAAAACUGGAGAAAUUUCCAUUGACUCAGUACACAAUUUAUUUGAGCCUGAAAAAAACGUAGAUGACUCUGUACAAGAUGUAGUUGAGACUGGAGAAGUUUCUGUUGAUUCAGUACAAGAUGUAAUUGAGCUUGGAGACACUUUAGAUGACUCUGCACAAGGAAUAGUUGAACCUGAAGAAAUGGCAGACAACUUUAUAAAGGAAAGCACUGUAAAGCCAAGACCUGACAUCAAAGGGCUUAUUCUACCAACAGAGACAGUGAACUAUGAAAGUGCCACUAUGAAAGUUCCUGCUCCAGUUAACCCCAGCAUAACAGAAUUUAAGGUUUCAUUUGACAUCUUCCCUUUCGACGACCCAACUGAUGAUGAAGAUAAUGGCAGUGGGUUUGCUCAUGGAACUGACUUAGCAAGUUUAGCCUUGCCUGCCAGUCCUGGAAGGGCAUUAAUAGUGUUUUUUAGCCUUAGGGUCACCAACAUGAAGUUUUCCGAAGAUCUCUUCAACAAGAGCUCUACUGAAUACAAGGCACUUGAGCAGCGAUUUCUGGAACUGCUCGUACCGUAUCUACAGUCCAACCUCAGCAAUUUCCAGAAUUUAGAGAUUUUGAACUUCAGGAAUGGUAGCAUUGUGGUGAACAGCAGGAUGAAGUUUGCCAAGCCAGUUCCCCAUGGUGUGACAACAGCAGUGUACCUAAUCUUGGAGGACUUCUGCAACACUGCCUACCAAACUAUGAAUCUUGCAAUAGACAAGUAUUCAUUGGAUGUCGAAUCAGGUGACCAGGCAGAUCCUUGUAAGUUUCAGGCAUGUAACGAGUUCUCCAAGUGUUUGGUGAACCGCUGGUCAGGUGAGGCCGAGUGUGUUUGUAACGCUGGUUAUUUCAGCGUUGACGGACUGCCAUGCCAGAGCAUCUGCGACAUCCAAGAAGACUUCUGCCUAAAUGACGGGAAAUGUGACAUAAUACCUGGCAAGGGCGCCAUCUGCAGGUGUCGCGUUGGUGAAAACUGGUGGUAUCGAGGAGAACACUGUGAGGAAUAUGUGUCAGAGCCGCUGGUGGUCGGCAUUGCCAUUGCGUCCGUUGCUGGAUUUCUCCUGGUGGCGUCGGGUGUCAUCUUUUUCCUGGCCCGAACUCUGAGAGACCAGUAUGACACAGAUGAUUCAGAAGACCCUUUACGAUAUGCAGAGAACUUGCCAUCUCUAGAAAGAGCCACCAAGUACAACCCGAUGUUUGAAAGUGAAGUGACUGCAGGCCAUAAUCAGUAUUAUCGGCGUUACCCAGAAGCUCCGGCAUUCAGCACGGGCAGCACCGAGAUCUCCACUGACUUCAGCAGCGAAGAGAUUCGUCACAUCUAUCAGAACAGUGAACUUACUAAAGAGGAAAUCCAGGACCGUAUUCGUAUUAUAGAGCUUUACGCCAAGGACCGCCAGUUUGCAGAUUUUGUCCGACAGCACCAAGUGGCGCUUGACGCUAGACGAGAGAGCUCUUCCAAUUAAACAAGGUUGCAAACCCAAGACACUUGCCUUUUUUUCUUAAAUGAAAGAAGCGAUCUUCUGCCAUGUUGGACUUUGCAGAGUAUAGUUUUUGAGCAAUGAAAAGGAACUAAGAAUCUUUUCACUUAUGAAUAUGUACACAACCAUCACAAUGAUGGAUCGUCAGACUUUGAUCUAAUUUAGAAAAACAAUGUAUCUGUAAUUUUGUUUACUGUUUUUACCAAUGUGAUGUUUUACUACUGCGUUGUCAAGGCCAUAUUCAUAAACAUAUGUUAGUGACACACAUUCAUAUCAUCUGACCACAGCAGAUCACACAAGCAUAUGUCUGGGCAUCAUGUUGGUUCCUCUCUCUUUUUUUAAUGGAAAGCCUGUAUUUCUUUCUUGUGGUUUUUCAUUUGUCAGUGCCUUCACUUUAAGUGUUACUCUUCAAUUUUAUUUGCAAUGUGGGACAUAUUUUAUUGUGUCCCGAAACACGGACUGACUGAAGAGAGAACAUUUCGCAAUAGCUCUAGUAUUUUAAUGAACACAAAGAAGAGUAGUUACAUAAUUAUGUUUGCAUCUGGAAAUUGUGCGUUUAUUUUGUUCUAUUUUUGUGCUUUUUUGACUAAAGAUGCUAAAUUGAUUUUCAAUGUUUCUUUUAGGACUGUGUUUUGUGUUUAGUGACUCUUCAGUAGUUAAUUUUUUCUACUUUUGUAAAACACUUGCCACACACACAAGUGUAUUAAAUGUGUUUAAACUAAAUGUGAGCAUCCAUUAUCACGACAGAUUUCUGUAUAUUUUUAAUAUUAUUACUUUCCACAAUGGUGGUCACAGCACUUCUAUUUUUCGAAUAAAGAAUAGUCCACAGUU